GAGACAGAUAUAAAAAGCAGGACCAGCCGUGCGGUCGGGAUUAUCGGAGCCCGGCGUCAGGGACUGGGGAGUCGUCGAGCCUGCGAAGCCGGAGCGGGGAAAUAGGCGGUGGAUGAGGGCACGAAGGGAAAGAAAUCAGAGAUACUGCGAUCACUGUCAUUUUUGGAGCUGCAGGGCAGUCAGGGGUGAACCUUCGCUUUGAGAAUGAAGGCGCCAUUCUGCCAUCUCUUGGUGCUCAGCUGCCUGCUGCACACGUCCUUCGCUGGCGAUUUCUUCACGUCAAUCGGUCACAUGACUGAUCUGCUCUACACAGAGAAGGACCUGGUCGCCGCCUUGAAGGAUUACAUUCUGGCAGAGGAGAGCAAACUCAAGCAGGUCAAACGGUGGGCAGAAAAGCUUGACACCUUGAUAGCCACUGCCACCCAGGACCCUGAGGGCUUCCUGGGCCAUCCCGUCAAUGCCUUCAAGCUGAUGAAGAGACUCAACACAGAGUGGGGCGAGCUGGAGAACCUGGUGCUUAGGGACAUGUCAGAUGGGUUUAUUUCCAACCUGACCAUCCAGCGGCAGUACUUCCCCAGUGAUGAGGACGAGAUAGGAGCAGCCAAGGCCUUGUUGAGGUUACAAGACACCUACCAGCUGGAAACGGAGACUAUAUCCCGAGGGAACCUGCCUGGUGUGAAACGCAAGGCCACCCUCUCAGUGGAAGACUGCUUCGACCUGGGCAAGGUUGCUUACUCAGAAGCAGACUACUACCACACUGAACUGUGGAUGCUACAGGCCCUGAAGCAGCUGGACCAGGGGGAGGAGUCUCCUAUCGACAAGGUCUCGGUGCUGGACUACCUCAGCUACUCAGUAUACCAGCAGGGGGACCUUGAGAAAGCCUUGGAGCUCACCAAGAGGCUUCUGGAGCUGGAUCAAGAGCACCAGCGAGCCAAUGGCAACCUAAAGUACUUUGAAUACCAGUUGACGAAGCAACGGAAGGCUGAGGCGGAGUCGGGAGGGAAGAGGAACAGCAGCGGCCGGGUAAAGAGGAGGCAGGCAGCAGAUCACCUGCCAGAGAGACACAAGUACGAGGAGCUGUGCCGGGGAGAAGGAAUCAAGCUGACGCCUCGCAGGCAAAGCCGCUUAUUCUGCCGCUAUUUCGACAACAGCCAGCACCCGUGGUACCUGCUGGGCCCCGUCAAGCAGGAGGACGAAUGGGACCGCCCACGCAUCGUCCGCUACCACGACAUCAUCUCCGACGGCGAGAUCGAGAAGGUCAAGGAGCUGGCCAAGCCCAGGCUACGUCGGGCCACCAUCUCCAACCCCAUCACUGGUGUGCUCGAGACCGCCUCCUACAGGAUCAGCAAGAGGCGCGCCACCGUGCAUGAUCCCCAAACUGGGAAACUCACCACGGCCCAGUACAGAGUCUCCAAGAGUGCUUGGCUGGCUGCGUAUGAGCACCCCGUGGUGGAUAAGAUCAACCAGCGCAUCGAGGAUCUAACCGGCCUGGACGUCAAGACAGCGGAGGAGCUCCAGGUGGCGAACUACGGAGUGGGGGGGCAGUACGAGCCACACUUCGAUUUCGGACGGAAAGAUGAACCAGAUGCCUUCAAAGAGCUGGGCACCGGGAACCGGAUCGCGACCUGGCUCUUUUAUAUGAGCGACGUGGAGGCAGGGGGCGCCACAGUGUUUCCGGAAGUGGGCGCUGCAGUGUGGCCCAAAAAGGGCACUGCCGUCUUCUGGUACAACCUGUUCGCCAGCGGGGAGGGGGACUACAGCACACGGCAUGCCGCCUGCCCCGUCCUGGUGGGCAGUAAGUGGGUGUCUAACAAGUGGAUCCACGAGCGAGGUCAGGAGUUCAGGCGACCAUGUGGCCUCGAUGAGGCAGACUGACACCACACGCCCCUGGGACCCCUUUGCCCUCAACCGUACAGAUAUCGAGCUGUGAAGUGCAAAUUUCUGCCAGCACACCUCUGCGCACCCCUCGCAGGUCUGUGACGCACCUCCGUUCCUAAAUCGCGCUGCGGGGGUGGUUUUCACGCCUGCCAUCUGUGUUGACGUCUGUUCCUCAUCAUGCCCGAGCUCCGCGGCACUGACCUGCAAGCUCCAGCUCACCAACAUUCAGCACCGGACUCUAUUGGCAUUACUCAUGGGCUCUUCCCAGAAUCCCCUGCUUUACUCCAGUUCUCUUCUAAUCACUCCAAGUCCACUCCCAUGGAUGGGUAGGAUUCUCUCUUCCCAUCCCCUCCCACCAUAACUUUGUGCAGCAUUUGUUUUGGUGACUGAUGUUACUGGAGCUUGAAGCCAAUUGGCUGUAGAGAAGCUGCUAGAAGGUCAGGCUUACUGACAACAAUUAUGAUGCAUGGUUGCUAUGACUAAGUGCUGUGUCAGGUUAUCUUCUGGAUCUUUCUGGAUUAGCCCCCAAACUGUUAAUCCUGUGUAUCCCCACCCUUGUACUACUGGCUAAUACUUUCUCACUGUGUCCUUUCACUCCGGGGAAGGCCUGCCACGUAGGAAAAUGCUGACAAUUUUAAAGCCACAUUUACCAGAACACCCCUGCGUGAUCGCUUCCUGUGGCCCAGGCCAGAAAAUAACCCAAUGAACACUCAAGGCUGUUUCUCAUUGGCCAACCGGAUUUUGAGUUGGGAGGCCUUUCGGGGGAUGGCUCACCACUUUGGGUGUGAGAUCUCAAAACUUUGGAGAAUAUUAUACCAGGGAAGAGCCAAAAGUACGACUGGGUGUUUUAAUGAAUGACUCCUCCACAUAUCCUGCAUUCACUCCAAUCCUAUGGUACUUCUAUGGAGAAAAGAAGGCAUUUACCUCCUCUGAGAGGUAAUCCUGUAAAAAGGUGUGGGGAUGUUUUGUAUGAGUGAAACAAAUAUUUUCUACAGAAAUAAAUUUUAUGUCACUGA